AGUGAUGAAAGGCAGAUCAUCUUCAAAGCAUGUAAAGAUUAACAAAGUUUGUAAAUCAAUGGAAAAACGCAAAGUUGAUAAGGUUAUAAAAGAGGAGCCUCAUCUCUCUGGCGCGUACAUACGUAGCCUAGUCAAACAUUUAUCCUCUACAAGAACCAAAGAUUCCUUAAAUGGAGAUGAGAAAGUGUUGGAAAAUCUGAAUACAAAUGGGCAAUGUUUUAGUGAUCCUGACAAUAUUAUGCAGCAACAAGAAUCAUCACCGCCGCCACCGCCUAUCAAGAAACAAGUUAGAAGGAGACAACACACAAGUAAGCCUUAUCAAGAAAGGCUUCUAAAUAUGGCUGAGGCUAGAAAGGAAAUUGUGACUGCCCUUAAGUUUCAUAGGGCUUCAAUGAAACAACAAGAAGCAGCCGCUAUUAAUCAUGAUGACCUUGAAUCAAAGCAAUCGCUAGGAUAUUCGGGUUCAAAUAUAAGUACUACUCUUGAAGCUUAUCCUUCCACCACCAAGUUACCCAAUUAUCAUUUAGACCAUCAUCCAAGUUUGUCUUGUCCACCUUCAUUUCCUUGUUAUUGGCCUAUAUCCACAAUUAGUCCUCCCCCUCUCCCACCACCUUAUCAUGAUAAUCUGAAUAUAGUACUUCCUAAUGCACCCUUGGGCUUGAAUCUAAAUAUUCAAGAUUUUCAUAACUUAGAAACCAAUCUUUAUCACAACCCAUUGUCAAAUUAUUCCACUUCAUCCUCCUUAUCAUUAACAUCUUCAUGUUCUUCCUCAUCCUCGUGUGCUUCCUCUUCGGCCGUCACGGCCACCUUGUCAGAGGAGGUGGUGACCCCUUCCACUACCACCUCCUCUGGUGGGGCUAACACGGACGGAGGAGGUUUACAUUAUGCUAUGGAUGAUGAAGAGAUGGAGGAGAUUAGAUCUUUAGGAGAGCAACACCAAAUGGAGUGGAAUGAUACCGUAAACUUGGUGAUGUCAGCUCAGUGGCUCGAGUUUUUGAAGACCAUUGAUAUCGGUCAAGAGGCCGGGAAUGAUUCCCAUCAAUAUGACUAUGAUGACUUUAGUCCUUUUGAUCAAAUUAUGGAAUUCCCACCUUGGCAGCAUGGACAUUGAUGAAAUGGAAGGAAUGGAUGGGGGAUGGAUAGCCUUAAACAGGGGCGUUUUUUUUUUUUGUUUUUAAUUUUUGAGAGUUAUCAAUGUCAAUGUGGUUAUAUUUUUUUAACAUUUUUGAGCUGCUUGUUCCACUUGAUCUACCCUGUCCCCCUCUCUUCUGUGUAAGGCUACAGGGAUAUAUAUAUAUAUAUAUGCCUGGAUAAAAA